GUAGGUGUAACAUAAACUAUUGUGGUUACAACUGUUCGUACAAUUAUUACAAUUGAAAUAUCGAUAUUUUUCAUAAUGUACAAUUUUCAUAUGAUAUUAUUGUAACGAACAAAUAUCGAAUUUCAUCAAAAACGAAAUAUGCGACUUGGAAUUGUUCGACUAAAAGUCUUGACGAAAGCAUUAUUGGGGAAUUUCGAGAAAUUCAUAGUUUGUCCAACGCGGAAAAUUGUAACGUAGUAAAACAGUAAAUUGGAAUAAAGAAUUAUAAAUCAUGAGUGAUAAACACGUGAUAACGAAACUCCCUCAUCAUGUGCAACAGAAGCUGUGUAACACACGACCACCUUAUAGACAAGGGAAAAGAUUGACAUCCGUGAAGGUAGCAUUGUGGACUUGUAUAUACAAUAAAUGAUGAAUCAAAACAUUUGAUGGUAUGUGGAGUACCAAAACUCCAGUUACACGAAGAAGUAAAGAAACUCAUUGAUCCUUAUGGAGAGGUAAAGAAGAUUCAUGUAGCACCUGACUAUCCUACAGAAGAAUUCACAGAAGCUUAUUAUGUACAAUAUGCUCGUAUACAAAGUGCAAGAAUAGCAAAACGCUUCAUUGAUGGUAAAAAUUUUUAUGGAGGUUUACUACACGUUUUUUACGUACCCGAACUAGAAUCUGUAGCAGAAACUAAAGCUAAACUUAUUCAGCGUCGUCGGGACGUAGCUAUACGUAUAAAGAGAAAUCAGCAAGAUUCACUAAAUCCAAACAUUGACAAAUUUAUUCCUAAAGAACAAUACCAUAGAAAAAAGAAAACACCAGCACUACCGUUAACGAAAGAACGUCUAAUUCAACAUUAUCCUGGAGAAACAUUGUCUUCCAUUUAUGACGGCAUACCGCGAAAUAUAGAUCCGAGACCAGUAUCCGAACCUAGCUUACCUUCGACUUCGUAUAGUAAUGAAGUAAAUGAUUCGAUCGCGUUUGCAUUAUCGCAUGCUCCGUAUCAUCCAACCGAAGCUGUUAUUAGAAAAACCGAAGUUAAAGAAAUUACAUCGAAAUCGAAUUUUCGAAGAGGCAAAAGGAAAAAUUAUAAAGGACAGACUGUUGACAGUAACAUCAAAGUCAAAGUAGUUAGGCCUGAAAUUGUAGACACAAGCACCAUAGUAAAGUGGAAUAAAUCGGAAAAAAAUUUAUUCAGUAAUCCUAAAAAAAUUCAGAGCAAUAUAACUAUCAAAUUAAUACCAAAAUCCGAUAAUGAGAAAAAAAGAAUUGUAAUAAAGGACCCAAGUGUAUCACAAUUGGUACAACCGAGUAAAGAUCUCCAAAUUUCAAUUGAAGAAGCCAGAUCUCAGAUACGAGCAGCUAUGCAAGCAAAUAACAAGGAAAAUCCAUCGUAAUAAAGCGAGAUAAACAAUAGAACAUAUUGCUAUAAAAAUCAUUUAUUUCAUUCUAAAUAAAUUGCAACAGUCUAAUAUUUUACGUUUAUACUUACAAUUCUUCUUUUUUUUUUUUACAAUUAUCUAGAAAAUUAUAAAAUACC